AUGGUCUUAGCAGCUGCCUCUUCUACAGGCCUGGAAUUACCCGAAGAGUAUUCCUACGCCAAAGCUAUCUGCUUCGUACAAGACCAAGUGCGAAACAACCAUCAAAACAGCGAUGCCUUAUCAAAAGACCCAGACAAAGUCUCCCUUUUUGAUGUCCUUGGCCUUGACCCGUAUCAAAAACCUUUUCAUCCACUCGUCGAGUCCUUAUCCCCCGAUGGGAAAAAUUGGAAGGAGGCAAAAGAAGCUCUCGAGAAUACACGUGUGGAUUGGAAAGAGGCCAAAAAUAUACUUCGGAACAAAGCCAUGUCUGAUCAAGAGGUGGUGGAUGUCCUUAUCAACGCGGCUAAUGAGACCGCGCUAUUAAAAGAGCCGGACUCUGUUAUUGACAAGUUGACGGAGAUGGCUAUGAAAUACAUGGUGCAUAAUUUGUUGUCGAAUGAGGGGAUCAGGCUUAUGUAUCAGUGGAAGUUUCUCCCUCUUAUAGAGCGUCCUGGGGCGCUACAGAAGUUCUGCAGCGAUGUACUGGUGGAAGCAAAUAGUCAUGACGAGCUGUGA